CAGGCACUGCGGUCAGCCCGGCCCAGGGGAGGGGGUCGGGGGAGGACCGCCGGGCGUCUGCCCGUCCGGCCGGCCGUUCUCCUCGCUGAGACGGAGAACAAUGAAGUCGCAGGCGGAAACGCGCACGCGCACACCUAGUCCGCGGGCGGCCCCGAGGCUGAAGCUCCCCGACUGCGCACGCGCGCGCGCUGUGUGGCGGUCGCCAUGGAGACGCGUGGCCCUGGUCAAGCACUCGGCGCCCGGAGCCGCGGGCUGGGCUGCAGCGGGUCUUGAGCUGACCCACGCGCUGUUGGCGGCCCCGCCGGGGCGGAUGGACGGCCUCCGUGGGGCCAGGGCGUCGCGGUAUGGCGAGGAGGAUGAGGAUGAGGAAGAGGAGCUAGAGGGCGGCCCUGGGGGCACCAAGGAGUCCAGACUGCCUCCCAUCUCCAGCUACGCCCCAGAGCCCAAACGGAAGGGGAAGAAGAAGAAGAAGAAGAGAAAGACUGAGGGAUCAGGCAAGGGGGACGAUAAACACCAGAGUCGAAGCCUGAGGAAUCAGCAGCUGUCUUCAUCUUUUCACGAGGUCUUGAGUCCCGGCAAAGAUCAUGGCCCGAGACCAGAGCACAGGCAGGACAAGGAGCCCAGCAAGCUCGUCCCUUCUUUCUCCUCCUCUGUCAGUCUCCCCAACUUUGCCAAAUUAGAAGAGAAACUUUCGAACAGUGUCAACGAGAGCCUGCGUUGGGAUGGCAUUCUCGCCGACCCGGAGGCAGAAAAGGAACGGAUUCGCAUCUAUAAACUGAACCGGAGGAAGCGGUACCGGAUUUUGGCCCUCAAGGGCAUCCACGCCGACCCCUGUGCCGAGGAGAAAGCUGAGAACCCCGCCUGUCUCUCCGAUCACCACCGAGAGGACAGCACCCACAGCAGGCAGCUCGCACUGAAAGCCGCCGGCCCCGAUGACUACUUGGAGGGCAGCCUGACUCCAAGGCUCCCACACCGUGACUUAGCCACUGCUCUGCCCGAGUGAAAAUCCACCCGUGACCCUGACACGCUUACCCUGUUUCCUCACCGCAAGUUUAUGUGUUAGAGAAAGGAGAAGAAUAAAAGGAAAUCAGACCUACA